AUGGAGGGGGAGAAGAUAAAGCUGGGCCAGCCCAGCAGCAAGGCCAGGAGGCUGGACCCAUUGCUGGUGUUAGCAAUGCGGCCCUUAUCUUCAAAGGUCUGGGUUGUGUCUUCCACCUACUGGACGCCAGGUGAGCGCUUUAAAGGAAUGGAUAACCUGUGGUCUUCUUUCCCAUGCUACAGUCAUUGCUGGGCAAUGCCGAUUGAAGCUAAACAUACGAAUGGAAGCUUUAUAAUGAAUCCUGGUGUGAUCUGCAGUGGUUCCUUAUUAGCACAUCCUGCCUGCUCUCUUAAACCAUUCUUCCCAACAAGGUGCUUGUGUCUUGACCGUUGCUCCUGUUUUCCUGAUACAACAUGUAAGGCAAUAAAGAAUUUGGAGGAAUCAUUGGACAUGGUUGGCAAUCCAGUUCUUGCAAGAAGGGACGCUGAUGGGUAUUAUUACCUCGGCACAAUAAUAAAGAAGGUAGAGGGUGAGAAAAGAACAUUCCUUGUACAGUUCACCAAGCCCUUUGCAGCAGACAGCGUAACUUGUGUGCAACCGACAGCCAGCAGCGACAUUCUUGAGUAUGUGAAUGGAAUGAAACAUUCCAUAUUGCCAGGCGACAAAGUGAUGGCACCUUGGGAACCAGAGCAGAAGAGAUAUGGCCCUGGCACAGUCAUUCUGGGAAUUGAACACAGGGAUCCCCUGAGAGCCAAAGAAAACGAAGAAAUUACGGUCAGUUUUUGGAAUGGCAAGAAAGUGAGCGUCCCGCUGGGUGUGGCCUUGUGGAUUCCACCGACACAGUGGGAAAGGGUUGUGGAGAUGAUUCAUAUGCCUCUCACCAGCAGGAAGAGCUCUGAAGGCCAGCGUCACCAGGCUAGCUGUCGCAUCUGUUCAUACUCUCCAAGCAGUGAAGAGCAGCAUCCGGCCAAGACCCCAAUGGUAGAUCAUGCGGUAAACACAGAUUCCACCCUUUUUGAUAAGCCCAGACUGAAAGAAAACAGGAGACCAGAUUGGAAAUACUGGAAGAGAAGUCAUCCCAGCUCCUUUUAUAAUAGUCAAGGAAUCAGCAUUUGGAGUACCAGCUGUGGAACGAAGAGAGCUGAAACCAGCACAAUCUCCUGUAAGGAUAGGUCUCCAACUAUUUUAAUGAACCGUAGUGCCAUGUUUGAAACUAUCGAACAGUCUCCACGAAGACUCCUUACUGUGAAACAAGUCCUGAACCACGAAGGUAUAAAACCAUUUUCAGGUGGAGGGUAA